UCUAGCCGUGUUUUGAGAUCCAGCAUUAUACCAACACUCAUUGCGCUCUGGGCUCUGCUGCGAUCCCACUAUAUCGGCUCUUACAUUCUGGAGCAAUCUAUUCACUAGGGAAUUGCCCGACUCUCCCAAGCCUUGCGCAACCGCAACAUCCACGACUGAACUGUGCGGACUUUACAGUCAACCGAGUCAGCCGUGUCUAAGAACCGACUCGUUCCACACCCUCAUUCGAUCUUCUUUCAUACCACAAAGGCUUCACCAUGGCAUUUAGCAAAGCGCUUCGGGCUUUUCAGCCCCUACGAAACUCCAUCCUUCGCACCCCCGCCCCAGCCUCUCAGCUUCUCCCCAGACCUACAUUUUUCCAACGAUCAAUUGCCACGACGUCCCCCAGGUUCAACGAGCAACAAUCAGAACAGCAACUGCAGCAGGAGCAACAACCAGUGGAACAAGCAAACACGUCCCCCGAAGUCUCUUCCUCCACGACCGCCGAGUCUAGCGUCAAAACAGAGGUCCCUCCCUCCCUCCGCCAAUAUGCCUACACACUCAAAAAGGGCACCGUCACAGCCGCCGGACGCAUGGAGCGCACCGUCACCGUCAUGCAUUCCAACACCGAGUGGGACUCCCACCUUCGCAAGUACUACCCCAAGAAGGAGCUCAUCAAGGUUGCCGACCCCCGUGAAUCGCUGCGCGUCGGCGACGUGAUUGAGUUCUCGUCUGGGUUCCCCAAGAGUCGCAACGUGCGCCACGUGGUGACUCGGAUCAUCACGCCCUUCGGUACACCCAUCGAGGACCGCCCGGCGGUACUGACGCGAGAGGAGUUAGACAUCGAGCGGGCGGCGAAGAGGAGCGCUAAGUGGCAGCGCAAGGAGGCCCGGAUCAGGGCGGGCGGUGGUAAGGCCAAGCCACAGCAGCCGUCUGGUGAGCACAUCGGGCGCAUCCGCAAGUUGAUUCAUGAACGGCGGGACUCGCCUGUGCCACGCCUUUGGUCGGAGGCUGCUGAGACUACACCGGCUGCUGAGGAUGCGCCUGCUUCUGAGACCACCAAGAACUGAGCGAGUUACUCGGGGUUCCUCCGUAUCUGGGUUGACUAUAAGGCUUUUCUUGCUUUGUCUCCGUGAUUGUGUAUGGUUUGUAUGUAAACCUUGUGUAUAUUAUAGCUACUGGUCAUAUGGCAUACCAUGAAAUCUUAGUUUAUUCGGC